UUUGCUGCCCACAUCAUUAGACAAUUGAGGUCAAUCCAUGGAUUACGCUCACCUUUCAUGCAUAUCCUUUACUGUGUGGUCGGUCCAGGAGCCUGUAAGCCCUCGGCUGGCGAAGGGAAGUAGUCCAGUCGGCCACUGGUCUGCUUUGGUGCUGAGCUUCUCUUUUUCUCUUUCAAUAUUUUUAUUUGCCUAUGCUUUGCGUCUAUCUUGGUGUGUUGAAUAAUAAUAAUAAUAAUAAGGGUCGUUUUCUCAGAGCCUAUCUGGUUAAAAAAAUGUGCGCAAGAACGGAGAGAAGUGAAAAAGUGCAAAUGAUCAGAAAAUACCUGGAACAGAGCAGAAAGUAGUAGAGAGAUAAUUAAAAUGUGUUUUAAACCGUGUGAUAACGCAGAUAAAUAAAAUACAAACGUAGAGA